UGGUACUCCAUAUAAACUUUCUUGACUCAGCGGUGCAGGGGUUGACGACUGUGGCCCGGAUGGUUGUGAUUGGAGGGGAUGCAGGUUUCAUCAUCACAUCACCUUCUCCCAUGCAAAAGCACUUUCGAGGGUGAAGCAUGUGUACCAACCCGGCACCUAUAUAUUUCAGAGGCUAGAAAACGCCGUGGUCUUUCCAUCCAUGACCGAGCAAGGUUAGACGAGAUACAAGCGUUGUGCAACACUUUUGGGCUGGUAGAUUCCAACAAGUUAUACACGAUAUGCCCCAAGCUUCGAGAGAGUUGGGCCAACCGGCCAUUAUUGAUGACAUCGAUGCUAUCACACCAUGCCCCCUUACGCGUAGCAGUCCUAAAGCAAUUAAUGAAUCCGAAAUCAUCGACUCGAUCAACAAGUUCCAAGAGUCGAGGUCCCCGUCGCCGUGUUCCGAGUGUUCGUCGGACAGCACGGACGCAUCCAGGAGUAGGAGACGAGAAUCCCUCAAGGCCCUAGAGGAGGGCACAGAAGGAGACCCUGAAAGACUAUGGGAACGGAUGCUUGCGCUUCAGCAAAUUUACGGCUGCUAUAAUUCGGCUAGGAUGAGCGCAGCACUUAGCUCGGGGGACGUCAGCUUGCUAUUGCCUUCCAAGGCAUGCUUGAAUCUUCUCAAUGAGAACAUGUCUUUUCUACCCGACGAAACAGGGAGAGUAUUUAGAGGGUGGAAACCGAACGCUGGGAGCAGGCGCAGUCAUUAACUUGACACCUACUAGGAAAGGAGCGCCAGAAGAGUAUGUUAUGGCAGAACGAGUACGUCAUCUAGUUGCCAAGAAUGGCUUGGGUCUGGAAAAUAAGGUAGUGUGCCCCGGUAUGAUUA